CGUUUGUGCGGGUAACAGCGUGGCAAAGCCUUCUCCAAUCUCUGCUCCUAUCUAGGAGUAUCGAUCCAUGUCACGGCACUCUACCUGACCUUGCGGCACAUGAACUCAACCAUGGCAUCAUGACAAAAUUUAAGAUAUGCUCAGCAUUAUCUUGGAUUUCGUCUGUCACACUUUUGCCACGAAUUUUUGGUAUCGUCGUUAUCUCUGCGGCUGCACCUUCGGGGCUGAAGUUUCGAACGAAGCGUGUAACCGAGCUGAAGAUUGAGUAUGCAGGAUCAAGCUGGAGCUGAACAUAUGCGGACAGUCAAGCUGUUUUUUUUUCUUAACUGGCUGCUAUUCUUACUGUCCUCAUCAUGUAUCCUUUUCUCCCUGAUAUCUCCUGCAGCUUCUCAUUUCGAGUGCUUCUUCUUUAUAAGAAUGAGGCGAGGUCAAUACUCAGCUCUUACGGCCUUACAGCCUUUGGUGCAGAAGGGAAAAUCUUCGAAUGUAAAUUGUACUUCUUUCGACAUUGGGCAGUCAUGGGCCCCUUUUAUGCUAGCCCUCAGCGGAAAAUUCAGGUCUAAAAAUCGAGCAAAUCGCGAAGGAGUAAAGACCAGUGCGGAUGAUAAUGGAGGAUGUUUGCUCGGAAUGGCGGCGUAGGGUAUCAUCCAAUCAGAGAGGACAGUUUUCAAAUAUAGCACUACAUUGAGAUAUACCAGCAUGAGUGUACGAACAAGGCUCG